AUGAGCUCCAACAUAAGACCGGGGACGCUUCUUCGACUCUGCUGGUGUCCGGGACUUGUGACCCUGCCGCAUGUUCCUACAACCGAUCUCUGGCAAACACAUAAGGGUGUUGAUUUUCUGUCACCAGGGGCCUUGUUUGCCAAGGUAGAAGGAGGUUCUUGGUUGGUUGGUAUUUUGUUCCCUGGCUCUGCUCGUGAACCAACACGUUCUCCAGCAAACUGCGUUUGGGUUCCACAAUCUAGAUCCUUACUCAAAAAGCAACCGAGCUUCUCAAGCGAACCGGAGCAGACCAAUUUCAAUCCCGGUGUAAAAAGAUACCCACUGGAGAACCAGGUCCCCGGUUGGCCAAGUCCAAAAGAUCCGCCAAGUUUGCUCAAAAGUCGCGGAAUCAGCCUCCCGUUCACCCGUCGCCACGCCCGUUGGAACUCACACGUCAGUUGUAAUGUUAUGUUCCGAAUCCUGGAGUCUAGAUUGAGUAUAGAUCCUCGAGGAGGCCCUGGCCGUUGCCAAGAUUUUGGCCAUGGCCAAUCAUAG